AUGACAUGCAAUCGCUAUGGAUACCCCGGCCAUCUGGAGGAAUUCGGUGGCUUUGGCGGCUUUGAGGUGAACUUUUUACCCGACUACAAGGCUCUGCAUGAUGCUGGCUACAACGUUAUCUGCUACGAUCUUCGAAACCACGGCAUCAGCGAUCAGGGAUCGGGAGGCAUGUGCGGCGCGCUCGGAUAUUACGAGGCACGCGACGUUGUUGGCUCUCUCAUCUACGCCCGCUCACGUUCGGACACCAAGGACAACACCAUUGGCCUACUGAGCCGAUGCAUGGGAGGGAAUGCUACCAUUCAUGCCAUGUCCCAUUUCCCAGAGCACUUCAAUGAUAUCAAGGCUAUGGUCCUUCUUCAAGCUGUUUCGGGGCAUGCCUUUGUCGAGAAAGGCGCCAUCAAUGCGGGCCUUGACGUCGAUGAGACUGUAAAGGCUUUUGAUAUGAGAAUUCACGACAUCACCGGAUUCUACCUGAAAGAGCUAUCCCCCAUUCCAUUGGUGAAGAAUGUUACUGUGCCAACCCUUUUUGCACAGGUUCGGAAAGACGCUUUGAUUGAUACGAAAGAUACUCAGGAGAUCUUUGACGCCCUAAGCAGCAAAGAAAAGCAGUUGACCUGGAUUGAAGAUAGUACUAGGAGAUUUGAUGGCUAUAAUUAUUUUGCCAAGAAACCUGCCGAGCUAGUUGAAUGGUUUGGAAAGUAUGUUUAG